AUGAAUUUUCAAAACAAAAGAGUGCUCUCGGGAGUAGAUCUUAGAAGAAUGGAGAAUAAACAACAGGAUUUCGGAAAGGGAGAAGGAAAGACAAGUGACUAUCGAAUAGAUUCUCCUAAAAUUACACUAGUCAAAUCUAAUUCGUCUUCAAGUCAGUUUGAUUCGUUCAAGUAUUACCAGAAUCAUAACUAUGGAAUGGAUAAAUCAAAUAAUAACUUUGAAAAGUUAUUAGAAAUUGAGAAGGAAAAGAAUCGAAUAUUGUUAUUAGAAAAGCAAGUUUGGGAAAUGAAGGAAAAUUUGCUUAACAAGGUAUUGUUUGAGAAACAUUCCGAAAGUCUAUUAUCAAGUAUGCAAGGUUUGCUUUCGAAUAAUCAAUCUUCCAUUGUUCGAGUUGCAGGAAUUCAAGAAAAUUCGAAUAAUUCAAUUCCAAAACUUGAUUCGAAUCUAGUGAGAAAGCUUUCUUCCUUUCCAAUUAAUGAAGAUUCUACCGGAAGUUCAUCAUCUCUCAAACAUGCAUCUUCCUCAUCAUCAAUAAUUAGUCCACUUUCCUCUCAAUCUUUGAGUUCCAAAAAUUCAUCUAUUCGAAGCUCAACAUUGGACGAAGUGAGUGAAAUUUCCACUUCAUUGGACACUAUCAGAUCUUCUUCUGAAGAAUUAUCCGAAAUCAAACUAGAUUCUUCCAGAUCUCAAAUUCUGGAUCGAAAUGCAAUUCCAAUUCCACCUCCAAAACCUGUCGAGUUGACUUUACAAAAAUCAUCCAAGGAUUCUCUAGUUCUACUUGACAAGAGACAGUAUCUUUACAAACAGUUUCUAUGUUCCUUGAAAGAGUAUCAGUUAUUACUUCAGAUUUUCCAAGAAAAUUACAUUAAGGUUAUUGAAAAUGUGAGUGAUGAAGUGAGUUUGAAAAGACAUGUGGCAUUUGAUCAUUUAAAGGUAAUUUCAGAGCAGAAUGCAAAGGUGAUUAGUGAGCUUUCGACGUUAUUAUCAAGGAAUGGAAUUAUUCUGGUGGGAGAGGAACAAUUUUUCAUUCAAUUAGUUCACCAAUUAUUCGAAUUGACUCAAUCCAAUUACAUUUCCUAUUUUGAUCAAUAUUUCUCUAUCAUUCAAGUGUUCAAGAGUGAAAAGAGAAAAUCUUCAGAGUUGAAACAAGCCAUUAGAAAGGUAGAAAAGGAACUAGUCGAAAGAAAGACAAUAUUUUGGAAAUUCGAAUCCUUUCUCUCAAUUCCAAAUCAAUUUGUUGAAAAGAUUUCAGCUCUCUGUGAAAAGGUAUUGAAAUCUUCUGACAAAUUCUAUAUUGGUUUGGAGAAUUAUGCGAAAUUAGGUCAAUCAGUGAUAAUUCUUCGAGAUUUGAACAAGUAUUCCAAAUCCAAAUUGGAAGUUUCGAAUGAUUUAGGACAAUUACUAGAUAUUUCAAAGAAUUUAGCACUGGAUGGUCUAGUAACUCACAAACGUAAAGUAAUCCAUUCCUAUUUCAUGGCAGAACGUAUCAGAGAUUGCGGAAAUAUCACACCAUGUCAAUUAUUCCUUUUCCAUGACAUGUUUCUAAUUAAAUAUCCAAGGAAAUACAGAUGGUUCAAAAUGAAAGUGUUAAAAUUCCAUCUAGAUGAAAUUAAUAGACAUGGACUUCCUAUGCAUUCUAUCAGAUCAGAAUCUCCUAAAAGUAGUGAAUUAGUUUUCAUUAGAGGUGAUUUCGAAUGUAAACAAACUAAACUUUGCAUUCGAUUCAAAAAUGAGGAAGAAGCUAUACAAUGGAAAGAUGAUAUUUUGAAUUGUAUUGAAAAGGAGUGUCUUCAGUUAUGUUAA